UUAGCUUGUUAGCUGCUAACAGAAGACACAGAAGUUAUCAACACAUCGCUAAGUAGAGAUCAAGUGUGAGAGUAAAGUGUUGUGUUUGUGUGAAAAUGUGUGAAAGAAUGAUAGCAAAGUAUGAGGAGGAACUUUGUCCAACAAAAGAGGAGAAGGAGCGACAACAUCAACUACUGGACGCUGUUUUCAAAAAACAUCAAGUUGUGUUACACAGAACAGACAUCGAUGAAGAACAUCUUCCUCAUGAGCAGGAGGAGGAACCACAGUCCCCCCACAUACACGAGGAAGAAAAGGUACCACAGUCCCAACACAUCAAAGAAGGAGGAGAGGAGUCGAAGCCCACCCACAUUAAAGAGGAAGACGAGACGCCACAGACCCAUAAUGUUAAACUGACCCUUCACAUUAAAGGGCAAGCGGAGGACCCACUGAUCUUACACAUCAAAAAGGAAGAGGAUGAUCCACUGACCCCUCACUUUAAGUAGCAAGAGAACCCACUGAACCCUCACAUUAAAGAGGAAGAGGAGGACCAAGAGGCGCCGCACAUUAGAGAGGAAGAGGAGGAAGAGGGCAUCAGUCAGCCUAAAUGGUUGGAGGAGUUCCCAGUGACUGGUGUCCCUGUGAAGAGUGAAGAUGAUGAGGUGAAAGGUGAAAGUGAGGAGAGGGGAGGGGGGGAGCCUCCAAGCAGCAGCUCAACACAACACAUGACAACAGAAGCUGAUGGAGACCACUGUGGAGGAUCACAAGCAGACAAGCUCUUAGCUCCACUAUCAGAUAGUGAGGACACAACGUCACACUCUCCUGACACGGAUGAUGAAGACUCUAAAGAUGAUAAGACAUGUCACACUGACAACAUUCACUUCACAUGUUCUCACUGUCACAAAACCUUUAAAUACUAUAGUCUUCUGAAAAGACACAUGAGAACACACACUGGAGAAAAACCUUUUUCUUGUUCACUCUGUAGUAAAGGUUUUACACAAAGUAUCCAUUUGAAAAGACACAUGAGAACACACACUGGUGAAAAACAUUUUUCCUGUUUAAUCUGUGGUAAAGGUUUUACAGAAAGUCAGAGUUUGAAAGUACACAUGAGAACACACACUGGUGAAAAACCUUUUGUCUGUUCAAUCUGUGGUAAAGGUUUUACCAGCAGUCAAUGUUUGAAAAGACACACAAUAACACACACUGGUGAAAAACCUUUUCCCUGUUCAAUUUGUGGUAAAAGUUUUAUAGAAAGUCAGAAUUUGAAAAGACACAUGAGAAGACACACUGGUGAAAAACCGUUUUCCUGUUCAACCUGUGGUAAAGGUUUUACACAAAGUCACGAUGUGAAAGUACACAUGAGAACACACACUGGUGAAAAACCUGUUUCUUGUUCAACCUGUGGUAAAGGUUUUACUGCAAGUCAGAAUAUGAAAAGACACAUGAGAACACACACUGGUGAAAAAUCACAUACCUGUUCAAUCUGCAACAGAAGCUUUGGUGACCGAUCAACCCUUGUAAGACACAUGAGAAGACACCCUGGAGAGAAAGUGUUGAGUUGCAGUGUGUGUGGUGAAAGAUUGUCUUCUAAGUAGCAGUGUAAGAAACACAAGUGUGCUGGUGAGAACAGCAGCAGCAAAUGAAACUGCAGGAUUUGAAAUAAACUGUCCAGACUUUCAUUUUGACUUUCUAACAACAUCAGCACAUAUAACAUGUGUGACAUUGUUGUUUGUCUAACAAUAUUUUUUAUAUGAUUCUACAUUUAUAGAUUAGAUAUUUUAUAUUAGUGCUUUUUUCAGUCAAGCACAUGCAUUAAUAUGCAAUAUUGUGUACUUUUAUUAAAAAAUGGACAGAACAAUUUAAGUAAAAAGGUGGGAGUAAACAGUAUGGGAAAUAUUUUACAUGCAAUAAACAUUUUAUGUGUGUGUGUAUAUAUAUCUAUAUAUGUAUUCUGUAUAGUCAACAUAUAAUUUUAGACUUAUUCAUAUGAAAUAUGAAAGUAUUACAUAUUUGUACUUGUAAUUGUUAAUAAUCCCAUAGAUUAUCACCUUUAUAUGAUAUACAUAUGUACUGGUUCACAUCUGAAACAUCUUCUGGACCACUUCAGGGAGCAUAUUAUUAUUUACUUUAUACAUCAUUUGAACAAUACAAUUUUAAAAUGUGUGACUUUUUGAAUCAUCUGUUGGGUCUCUUUAAUCUAUUUUAUUCAUUAUAUUUUUUACUCUGUAUUAUGAUGAUUGUGUUGUGAUUGUUAUAUAUGUAUGUCCCCAGACCUUUAUGCAAUAUAAAAGUGAGAGAAAAUGGCAUAUUUAUUUGUGGAAGGAUGGCUAAGUUUUUACAUUUGUGGAUAUAUUAAAUAAAUCAAGUAUUGUGUUUUAAAUAUUUUUUAGGUUUUUUGUUUUAUUUUAACAUCCCCAAAACAUCAAUAUCAGUCAAAGUUUGGAGUGU